CGUACUGAGCUGUUAAUCCAGCAAGUCAAAUAAUCUAAAAAAAAAAUCAUUUUUUCAAUAAACAACAAAAAUCACUCACCUCAAGAUGAUCCGUCUACUGGUGCUUGUACUUCAUCCAUAUUUGGUACAGUCUCUGGAGAAAUACUGGCUGCCGGAUUUGGAGUGGCAAACUGCAGGUAACUGGGAAGAAGGUCAUGUACCGGAAGAGGACAGUCAUGUAAUAUUUCCGGAAGAGAUGAGACACGCUGCAGGUUUUCCAAUAAGAGGAGACUUCCGUUUGAGCGAUGUUCAUCUGCCAAGAGAUGGCUCGUUGGUUCUGCCUGCAAAAGGAAAAUUGGAGCUGAGCAUCAGGAAGUCCGACCAGCAGAAGGAAGCCAGAUGGAGCAGAACGGGUGAACUACCUUGGGCAGAUACCAACAACUGGAAUUAUUCCUCAGAAGCUGUACCACAUAUGGACAGAAUACCUUGUUUCACGGAUACCAUGGUACUUCCUGCAAGAAAUAAAACCUUUAGUAUACGUCUACCCAGGCAUGAGGUCCAGGUCAAAGGUGUAAGAUUGGCCAAUGAGAGGGAAACAUUCACCAGCCUAGAAUGGAAGAGCAUGAAGAGAAACCAUGAAUUUGUUGAGGGUUACUUUACAGUAAGAUACGGCGAUCUCCUCAGCUGUAAAGAUUGUGAGUGUCAGAGCAAAAAAUCCGAGCUCUGGAAAGAAGUCUGUGAAAUUGAAAUGCCAAGAUGUGGUCUGUCGGUUUGCGCGUAUCCAUUGAAGGUCGAGGGUCACUGUUGCCUGUACUGCGGUGCCAGGGUCUCCCUGUCACCCACAGUAUCCUUGGGAACGGUAGAAGACGCCGUGCGUGAAACUGUGGGGCAAUCCGGAAUGCAAGUAGCUUGGUACGUCAGGAAACGGUGGAACGACGAGAGAGAAAUUCUCUUGGUGGAAACCGGAGUUUACGAUGGCCUCACCAGUGCGAAGGCAGCGGAUAUGCUGGCAGCUAGAAUACGAGACUACGGAAUAGAUGUGGUCUCCGUAGAAUUGACAGGACCAGCCUUAUUGGAUUCCAGACUGCCAUUGACCCUGGGACCAUUUUUCGGUAUGGCUGUACUGGUCCUAAUCUUCAUGAUGAUCAUCUUCCCCUACUACGGUUAUUCCUACAGGCAGGUAUCCCAGUCCUCGAGGGAGGCCUGGACGUCAAUCCGCGAGCGUAUAAGAAGCGACCCAUCAAGGAUCAGCAGACCCUUUGGUUUUGCCAGAUUUGAGAACGCCACAGACGCCAACGUAGAGCUCGCAUCAUCCCCAGGCCAGGACGAUGUGGAGGAUCAAGAGCAAACGUCAUCCACUGGGGGAAGAUUCACCAAUCCUCUUUACAGUUCCAAGCGAGGCGUUCCGGAGGACAAGACGGUUCUCAAUGUCGAGGGAACUGUAACAAUGGCUAGUCUACGCGAUACAGUCGACAACGACGAAUUUGUCGAGGCCAUCGAAACGGACCUUAAGGAUUAACGGAUUUUCACGUAUACUCAAUUACAAACACUGCAGAAAAAUACGUAUACGGGUAAGAAAGCUUACGAGCUUUCGCAAAGUGCUACGAGAAAGACGAUAAUAUACCUCUCAGUGGCAAUAGGCGUCUUAAUGCAAUCGGGACGAGUCGAGUAUCUGUAAAGCAUUCGAUAACCUCGUCAUCGGAUACGCCGGAGGAGAAUUUGAUCUUAUUUCGCGAUAUCCUCUCUCUCCUCUCCUCUCUCGCGCAUUCAGAGAGAUUCGGUAAACAAUUGAAACGGAGAACUCGUCGCGUUACGGUAAACAGAAGUAAAAUCACGUUCUCAAUACCGCACUGGAUUAUACCAAGUGAAACCGUUGACAAUGCAACUCGAUUAAAUUCAAUCCGAUUGUCACUGAGAUGCAUUUCAGUGCAGUUAUUCGAUACUGCAUUCGUCUUACUGGCUUGACAGAUCUUCGGGAUGGCUCGACGGGAAACAGCGCGAGCUUUCGUGAACAGAUACGAUGAGUGUGACGUCAGGACGAAAAUUAAUACAGUCGAUAAAUAAAAGAAAUCAAUCUAACGAUAUACGGAGAGAAAUUAUUUCGUGACGGACGCAUUGUUACUUGUACGAAUGUGAUUGCCAAUAAAGGUAAAACGUCGAUGAAUGUUUCA